GUCUAACCUCUAUUUUUAAAUGUCAUCAGUCUGCACUAUGGAAGUAAGUACAGGUAUUACUACAUGAAAAUAUAAAUAUAGAUAUAGAUAUAUAUCUAUAUUUUGAUUUAUAAUUUGAACCAUCUUAAAAAGAAUAAAAUUGUACUGGAAUUGUAAAGGCAACCAGUAUGUAUAGUCAUUCAAAUAUUCAAAGGUUUGGUUAGCUACCACUAACGAAUUCUUUAUCCUAGUACUUGGAUGCCGGCAACUACUCAGGAUGAACCAUUGGUAAAGUAUGCUUUAUAUAAAUUUAAAAAAACUUACUUAAUUGUUGGGGAAAAUGCUACAGCGUCGUCCUUUCGUGUACUAAAGAUUAAUCCAUCGGAAAAUGAGACAAACAUAUCAAUUGAAAAUAUAAAUGGUACUUUUGACAAAAAAGGACUCUCAGAAUUCUUUAGGACCGAAGAAGGUAACGGCUCAGAAGGGAAAAUAACAUUCAUCCUCAAUGCGUAUGCUAUAUUGGGCUUGACUCGCUUUACCUCGAGCUACUAUUUAUAUUUAUGUAUUGCCAGGAAAACAGUUGCUGUAAUCGGUGGACAUAGUAUAUAUCAUGUGGACAAUACACGAUUCAUUGAGCUAUAUCCAAACAGACGCAAUCAGAGCUAUAUUGAACGGAAAUGUCUUUCGAGUAUUGAAAAAGUGGAUCUUGCGAGAACAUUUUACUAUAGCUACAGUUACGACCUUUCACAAACACUACAAUAUAGUUUUACUCAUCCUAUCCCAAAACACCAAGUACGUGACAUGUUUGUUUGGAAUUGGUCAAUGCUUCAGCCUAUUUUGGAUACCGUAGGCAUUGACUCCCCUUGGUGUAUCCCGUUAAUUCACGGUUUCGUUGAUCAAGCUAAGCUUUCUGUUUAUGGGAAACCGAUAAUCGUGACUCUAAUCGCUCGCAGGUCCCGCCAUUUUGCAGGUGCUCGUUUCUUAAGGCGAGGAAUAAGGGAUGAUGGCUAUGUGGCAAACGAGGUUGAAACGGAACAAAUUGUUUUUGAUGGAUCUGUAUCUUCCUUUCCAGUGUCAUCUAGUGCCCCAGGCAUACCUUGCUAUACUAGCUAUGUACAGCAUAGAGGUAGUAUUCCACUACGAUGGUCGCAAGAGUUUAGCAAUAUCACACCAAAACCACCAAUUGGAAUUACUGUAAAUGAUCCUUUCUAUUCGGCAGCGGCUCUUCACUUUGACCGUCUUUUCGGUCAUUAUGGGGCCCCUUGUAUUGUCCUUAACCUCGUAAAAUCCAACGAAAAGGUUAAAAGAGAGUCCCUUUUACUAAAUGAAUUUGAAUGGGCUAUUAAUUAUCUCAAUCAGUUUCUCGAUCCUUCAAAGAAAAUACAGUACAUUGGGUGGGACAUGUCUGCAGCUUCUAAAAGAAAAACUCCUGUAACUAAGACUUUAGAAACAAUGGCUUACGAUAUUAUCAAUAAAACGGGACUAUUCUGUACUUCCAGUCGUUUUUUCCAAGGAGCAUUCCAGCAAGGCAUAUUGAGAACGAACUGCGUAGAUUGCUUGGACCGCACUAAUGCAGCACAGUUUGUUUUUGGAAAAUGUGCAUUGGCAUAUCAGCUACAAUAUCUUGGUGUCUUGGAUACACCUGAACUCGUUUACGAAUCUGAUGCUGUGCGUCUGCUUGCAGAAAUGUAUCAUGGACAUGGAGAUACAAUUGCACUACAAUAUGGAGGAUCGCUGUUAGUAAAUACAUUGGAUACUUACAGAAAAAACAAUCAGUGGUCUAGCACAUCGAGAGACCUUAUUGAAAGUGUCAAACGAUUUUAUAGUAAUUCUUUCGUUGAUUAUCAAAGACAGGAUGCCAUUGAUCUCUUUUUAGGAAAUUUCACCGUUGUGGAUAAAGAUGUUAUUUUUGGAAAAACAAGGAUAAGUAAUUUUACUGAGAAAUUUAAGAAUGGGUUAUUGGUCAGACGAGAUUAUCGAUAUUGGUGGACUCCGCUUUAUUUAAAUUCCUCUUUAAGACUCAAAAGCUUUUACAGUGAUAAUGUUCAGCGUAAGCGACCAGAGUUACCGGCAUAUUAUUUCGAGGAGCUGUAUACCUGCAAUCGAUUGUCAUUCCUAUCAGACGCUUUACUUCAGAAUAUGAUAUCGACAUUGAAUUUUGCUCCACUGAGCUUAUUGCCACUUUUGCGAAAAUCUCUGUUGCCUGUUUCCUAUUCUGGAAUCGGGAUUGAGUCACCAUCGUUUAAUCCCUUUAUCCCUCGGACGGAUCAAAAGCUUGAUUUUAAAUAUGAAAAACCAUCUUCUGAUUCGAACGAGGAUGAAGAAGGUGAAAAAUUCAAAAGGGUUUCUUUAUACAAAUGGUUAUUUAAUAGUGAAGACAAAUUGCAGGAACAUAAGACAAAGCAACAAGCAGAACUCCCAUCUGUACAUAAAGAUUCAAAAAUAAUGAACAAAGAUGUCAAACAGCUUGAUUUUAAAAUACCUAGCGCUGAUGUGAAUGUCUACAAGAAGCACUUUCAGUUUGGAAGUAUAGUAACACAACCCGUUGAAAAAUAUCAGACUAUGAACGCUCAAGAUCGAACUGCUUAUAUGAAUUACACUAAUGUUUUAGAAAAUGUUAAAGAAGUGAAAGAGAAAGAUUUUACGAUUUAUCAAGACUUCAUUAAUUCAGCCCAUUCAGAAGAUGAUGAAAAUACGCUUUCAAAAGGCGACUACACUGAACAAAUUGCGUUCUACAGUGCCUGGAUUGCUGACUAUAAAGCAGCUUAACCAUAGCCGAAAUGCUUUAAUGAACUUUUGUUAAUGAUAUGACGUGUUGUGAUAAUUUUUAUUUCUCGUCCUUUUUAUACUUAUCCGUUACGAACUUUAUAUAAUCUUCUUUUUUUCUGUCAGGAAAUUCCAGCUUCCAUUCCGUAGACUCUUCCAGCAUUUCUUUUAAGUGGGGACCGGGCUUGAU